GGGGGAGACUCUCGCGCCGAGUCGGACUGCUGGCGCGGAUGAUCAGCACGGGCACAACGGCACCAAGCCGGCACCGAGAGUGGCAGGCGCGCUCGGCCUAGGGACGCACGGGGCGCUGAUGCGGUGAUCGCAGACUCCAGCAGGACGCCGCCGUAGAAGACACACGUCACGACGGGAUACGACACUCAGUGCUGCGUAGCCAGUUGUCUGUGGAACAGUAGCCCGUGCCACCUCUAACAAUCAUGGAGCGACUGAUCGAGAAUCGGGAGGAAGUCACCGAGCCGGUGCCCACGUGCGUCUUGGGCGAGAUCCCCGAGUGGCUGAGCGGCAAGCUAUUCCGGCUUGGUCCUGGCAAGUGGGAGCUAGGUGGCGGUUUCUGCGUGCGCCACUGGUUCGACGGCGCCGCCAUUCUGUCCGCCUUCGAGAUACACAAAGGAAAGGUGCGGUAUAGUUCGCGAUAUCUACAAUCAGAGGCUUACAAGAAGAUGAGCAGCGUCAGUCGUCCCGUCGUCACCGAGUUUGGCACGAGGUGUUACCCCGACCCCUGCAAGAACAUAUUCUCUAGGUUUUUCGCUGCCCUGGUCCCUAGCGACUUGACGGAUAACAACAUUGGCAACGUGUACUCGCUAGGGGACGAGCUGUUCUGCACGUCAGAGACGUGUUUCAUGUGGAAGGUCGACCAAGACUCCUUAGAAGCCGUCCAAAGGUACGACGUGAACAAGCUGGUAUCGGUGAACCUCGCCAGCGCCCACCCCAUAACCCAAGAGGACGGGACCAGCUACAACCUGGGCGCCAGUUUUAUAUCCGGCCUCAAGUACCACAUCAUAAAGAUACCGCCGCCUGGCAAAGGCUGUUCGGGUCUGAAGCGGGCGUCGGUGGCCUACCACAUUCCAUCGAGCUGGAAGACGACGUUCAGCUACUACCACAGCUUCGGCAUGACGCGAAACUACGUGGUGUUCGUCGAACAGCCGCUAUUGGUCAACGCCAUGCGGCUGGUCGGAUCGCGCAUCAAGGGCUACUCCUUCAAGGACUGCUUCGACUGGGCGCCCAAGGAGAAGACCAAGUUUGUGGUGUUAGACAGAUCGUCGGGCGCCGUGUUGAAGACGAGGUUCGUCGCGGAUCCCUUGUUUUUCUUCCACGUGGUGAACACUUACGAAGACGAUGGCCACAUUGUGUUCGACAUGAUCGCCUACGAAGACGCCACCAUACUGGACAGGUAUUACCUGGACAAGAUUAGGAACUCCGAGGGCGAAGACUUCGAUCCGGACUGCCAGGGUCAUUUCCGGCGCUUUGUGAUUCCCGUCUCUAAGAUGAACAGCACCAAGGAAGGCAACCUGGUGAGCCUCAAGUACACCGAGGCCCGAGCCUACCGUCAGGAUAACAGCACCAUCUGGCUCACUCAUGAGGAGAUGGGAUCGAAAGGGUACGACUUGCCGACGAUUAAUCCAGAAUACAAAGGGAAACCUUACCGCUACACAUACGGCAGCGGGAACUUCGAGCGGCUAGGCGAGUGCCGGAACGCAAUAUGCAAGCUGGACAUCGAGAGGCGGGAAAUGCAACUCUGGCGAGAGUCGGACACGCAGUUCCCCAGCGAAGCCGUCUUCAUUGCGAAUCCCGAAGCAGUCGAUGAGGAUGACGGCGUCCUUCUGUCGGUGGUGAACGACACAGACUACAGCAAGCCGGACUUCCUCUUGGUGCUGGACGCCAAGACGCUGACUGAACUUGCGCGGGCCCAAGUGCCCCCUCACGUGCGCGCCUGUACCUCGAUACACGGUUGCUUCAUCAGGAGCUGAAAGGGCCAGCCCCCUCUCAUUCCUCCUCGGGGAGCAUCACACGAACCGCCUUUUUUUUUUACGCGCAGCCCUGCAGGUCCAAUCCAUUGCAUGUCUUUCAUUU